GACUCUUUUUUUUUUUUUUCCUCUUUUCUCUCUUCUCUCCCACCCCCGCGCUGCUCUGCAAGGGGGAGUGGGAGUGGGAGUGGGAGUCAUGAAAGAGUGCGUGUGUAGACCCAGCCCUCCCUCGCCUGUACAGCUGGCAGUCUGAGUGAGUGAGUGAGUGAGCGUGGAUCUCCGUGGACUCUUCUCUUGUCUAACUGCGCUUUGUUUACCUCAGCAGUUUGCAGCCAUCGUGGACGUCUUCCACGCGCCUCGUUGUGCACAAAGAAGGUAAAAUAAUGUUGGCUGCAAAGCACUUCCUCCUCCUCCUCGUCGCCAUGUGUUCGCCGCGCUGCUCGGCGCAGUCGACGCCGGCCGGCGCCACCACGCUCGCCGCCCCCGGCCCCUCGCCGCCGCUCGCCACCCCGCAGCCGCUGGCGGAGAGGUUAAAGGUGCGGCUGGCCGGCUACCCGCGCAAACACAACGAGGGCCGCGUGGAGCUCUUCCACAAGGGCGAGUGGGGCACCAUCUGUGAUGACGACUUCUCCAUCGCCAACGCCAACGUGCUGUGCCGCCAGCUGGGCUUCGUGGCCGCCACCGGGUGGACGCACAGCGCCAAGUACGGCAAGGGGCAAGGUCAAAUCUGGCUGGACAACGUGAUGUGCGGCGGGGGCGAGAAGAGCGUCCACCUGUGCAAGUCUCGGGGCUGGGGGAACAGCGACUGCACCCACGACGAAGACGCCGGAGUGGUGUGCAAAGACGAGAGGAUCCCCGGCUUCGUGGACACCAACGUCAUCGAGGCUCACGUGGACGAGGACCAACUGGAGGAGGUGCGUCUCCGGCCGGUGGCGGCGGCGGCCAAGAAGAAGCUGCCGGUCACGGAGGGCGUGGUGGAGGUGAGGUACAAGGACGGCUGGGCGCAGGUCUGCGACGUGGGCUGGACGGCCAGGAACACCCGUGUGGUCUGCGGCAUGCUGGGAUUCCCUCACGAGAGGAAGGUCAACAAGAACUUCUACAGGUCGGUACUUGUUCUCUUGGAUCAGGGGUUCUGA